UGAACGCACUGAAGUCGGAGAUUUCCGAGUUCAGAGUUCAGCGCUCCCAGUUGUUUGGAACGCGGCAAUACACGGUCACUGCAGCUACCCAUACUUGCAUAUUUCUGGGAGUGUCAUCACGGUGUCAGCUGAUCAUAUGACAGCGUGCGCGUAACCAAGAAGUAAACAUUGCACAUAGGCACGCAAAGAGGUAAGGAAAUAAACACAAAUCCCACUAUAGUUAGAAUAUAAAAUAAUACUGACUUUGUAUUUAUAUACAAUACAAACAGAACAACAGGAGCAUAGAAUUAUGCUGUUGUUGCGCGAACAGCUAGAAUAGCUAAAAGGUUAGUAACUAGCUAACCAGCAGAUCCGACACCUUAUGCUUGCUUACAGCAACACUACAGGGUCGACCACCACUUUUGCAUAAAGGUGCACUAUGCAUAAAUCGCUCAGCCAUUUCCUGGUUGCUAAGAUUCUGAUAGUUCGCCUAAUUUCAGUUGAUGUGACAAAACAAGCAGGUGUAGUGUAAAGAAUCAUUGUAUAGAAUGUUUAAAAAAUAGUCUAUAAGAGCGUCUGCUAAAUGACUAAAAUGUAAAUGUAUAAUCUUCGUAAAUGAUAUCAUCGGUAGGACUGGUGGAGUUAUGUCGCACAUGCAGCUAACAAAAACAUAUGGAAAUGUCUGCUCUACCCAAAAUUACAACCAUAUAUAUAUAAUAUAAUUAUUGUAAAAUUAACUCUGUCCAUAAGGUGUAGAUAGUAAGUAUAGACCGGAAGUAGAGGCCUGGGCAUUGUUGUUCACUAAUUUACUCCAAGUAGGGAAAGGAUGGUGGGGUUGAAAAGUAAUAAAGGGGAGUAUAUAUAUAUAUAUUUUUAAAAAAACAUGGGGGAUUGGAAGUGAUGCAGACCAUCUAAACCGCUUGAAAUAUAUUUUACAUAACCAAAAAUAUUGUAUUUUCAGCUGUUUAAAGCUGGUGUACAAUACUGAAAGUAAAAGAUGCAAAAACGAAACUUAAGAAUGGAAAGCAUAGAAAUAGUGCACAUAGAACAGCUCUACUGCUUUUUACGCUUGCUUUCAAUGAGAAUGACAUAUUUAUAACGCACAUGUGAAUUUGGUGGGGUCGCCCAAAAAGUUACAUUUACAUUUUAGUCAUUUAGCAGACGCUCUUACAUAUUGCAGCUUUAAAUUAAGACACAGCUUGGAAAACGCACCUCAAUCCAGGGAUGAGAAAUGCGUUUUACCUCGAAUACUCCAUAAAUGAUACACAGAGAAGAUUCAAAGACUGCUAGUUUUUCCGAAAACUGCCCAUUUUGUCCUAACGUUAACUAGCCAACUAAACUCAACGAUUUACGAUGGAGUUGAGUGGCGACUAGAGUGGGCGGGCUGGAGCACCGACGUCUAAUUUCAUCCCCCAAAGAAUAGCCCGCAAUUACACAGAACAGUGUCCUGUGUAAUUGCGGGCUUGUCUUUGGGAGCUUAAACUACUUUCACUAGGCACCGCGCAACUCCAUCGUAAAUCGUGGAGUUCAGUUUUAUUGGCUACAUGUUAACUAGCAGUAGCCACAGCAGCCAUUAUGGAAUGGCAUAUCCCGCUGAACAACAAAUUAGCUGAUUUGUCUGACACUGCCAUUUCAAAAUGGCUGAUGUGGCAACUGGUAUUUAGAAUGACGACAAAAAGGGGCAGUUUUCUGGAAAACUAGCAGUUGUUCAAUCUGGUCGGUGUAACAGUUGGGAUUAUGGGACAAUUGAUUCGAAGUUCUCAAAGCAUUUCUCAUCCCUUCAGUUCAACAUCUAGUUUUGAUUUACAUUUGGUUGAGUUGUCAACUAACGUCAAUUCAACAUGAAAUCAACAAAACAUUUCACCAUUGAUGGUUCAUUUCGUCAUUGGAUUUAGGUUAAAAGUUGGGUGAAAAAAAUACAAAAAGCGUUGAUGACUUUUUGCAAAUCCAAUUAGUUUUCCACGUUGAUUCAACUUCAUCACAUUGUUUUUUUUGGCAUGAAACGACGUGGAAACAAUGUUGAUUCAACCAGUUUUUGCCCAGUGGGUAGUAAGUAGCCUAUUUGCUAAAAUGCAUGUGAUUGCAACCUCUCUGCUUUGGCAACUUCAAAUGGUUUGGAUAACGAGUCUAGCUAGCUAUCUUGUAAAAACUGUAAUGUCACGUAGUUAAUAGUUGUAUUCUAUUGUGAAAGGGAUUCAUCAAGACCAACUCAAAUGGUGUCCCUGAUCUGCACCUUGCAAGACCAUCGCGACGAUGUCAACUGUUGCGCGUUCUCCGCGACACUGCUGGCGACCUGUUCAGCUGACAAAACGUUACGAAUUUACAACACCCAAGACUUUUCUGAAGUCUCAUACUCCCCGCUCUCUGGCCACGGCUAUGGCGUCCACUGUUGUUGCUUCAGCGCCUGUGGUCAGUAUUUAGCCUCGUGUUCAACUGAUGGUUCAACAGUUGUGUGGUCAACGGACACAGGUGAGAUAGAGGCAGUGCUGGAGCAUCCGGGUAGGAGCCCCGUCAGGGUCUGCGCCUUCUCGCCCGACUCUUCACACCUGGUUUCGGGGGCGUCUGAUGGUACCUUAGGUCUUUGGGAUUUCCCUACGAAAACACUGCACAGGUAAACUUGAUUGAUUGACAUCCUUUAUCUCCAUGUCAUCUAUCAUAAAUAGGCCUACAGUAGGCCUGCGUGUGUUGCCUAUAUCAAGUGAGGCUUUGCUGGCCUCUUCAGACUGAUAUUAUGUGUUGUCUCUUGCAGAGUGUUCUUAACUGAUUAUUUGUCAACAGGAUGGGGGCAGUGAAUGACACCACUAUGGUGGCCUGCUCCUUCACCCCCUGUGGCCAGAUGUUUGUCACUGGAUCUACGUAUGGGGACCUCAGGCUGUGGGACCUGGACAUGAACCAGCUCCAUGCGGAGAAGAACACUCACGACUUGGGGGUCACCUGCUGCUGCUUCGGCCCCAAGAUCCUCAGUGGUGAUGAUGAUGAUGAUGAUGAUGAUAUUUUCCUCCUCCUUCAAUCUUUGAGUUGGCCUGUUUCCAGAUCUGUUUGUACAAACAUGACAACGAUCAUAGGAGUUGGCUUUACAGCACAUCAUUUUUAUCUGGGACCAGGCUAUCUUGGAGUCUCCAUAUAUGGGAAUUUGUUGAGACAGGUGUUGUUUGAUUCAUUUGCUCCCGUCUCUCUCAGGUAGUGGUGUGGUACAGUUCCGCCUGGCCUCCUGUGGACAAGACAGCACACUGAAGAUAUGGAUCGUCUCCAGGUCCAACACAGGCAGUACGUUGACCACAUGCUAUGGUGAUGCAAAUGUGGUGUUUAGCGUUGAACUCAGUGUGUAUUUGUUGAUAAUCAGAUGAUGUGGAGGAUGUGUGUUCACAAUGAACGAUCUGAAGGUGUGGUCCAUUCGCCCCCUCUGGCCUGUAGGUUGUAAGAUGCAGCUGCUGCACACCCUGACCGGCCAGUCUGCCCCAGUGCUCUCCUGUGCUUUCUCUGCAGACGGACAGCUGCUCGUGUCUGGGUAAGUCAGCCCAUAGGUGAUCUAUAGUAAAGCACUCUUACAGAUAGUCAAGAUAAUGUUAUACAUUUACUCCAACUGGCCACAAGGGGGAGAAGUGUGUUGCUUUUCACCAUUACCUUUUCUGUUGCAGCUCAGUGGACAAAACAGUCACAGUGUAUGAUGCUGUAAGUCACUCAAGCUCUUUUCAUUACCGUAGAUGUCAUUUCAGUUUAACUCCCCAUGUUAAUGUUCCUCAAAGAAAUCCAUGAACACCUCCCCUCUCAACUUGAAUGUUGUUGUUUUUUUCAGAGCCAGGGGGCUUUGCUCUACACAUUGAACCAACAUGAGAGGUAAUCUUCCUUCUUACCCUUGGGACAUAAGAGUCACAUCUCAAUAGCCUACUUUUAAAAUGUAUCUUUCCGUCCUCCCCUCCCAUGAUCCUUUGCUGUAGGUACGUGACGGCGUGUGCCUUCUCUCCCAGCAAACCUCUGAUCGCCACGGGUUCUAUGGACAAGACUGUCAAUAUAUGGAGUGUAGAGGACGGACGCAGUGGCCAUGGUGGGUAACACAGACACACACACACAAAGAUGGACAGAAGUCUAAGAGAUGAGGUGGAAGUACGUGAAUUGACAAGCUGCCAGUGUUAUUGGCAUUAAGAAUGGCAUUAGCAUUCUGAGUCACGGUGUGGGGUUCCUAGAUAAUGACUCACUAUUUUCCCAUGUGAACAAAGAUCAUGUUGACUUAAUGGUGAUGACAGCUUGUUGACUUAAUGGUGAUGACAGCCUGCCUGGUGAUCUAUGUGCUGUAUUUGCAUAAGCUCUUCUUUAUUGAUUAUGGCUUGAUUAUGUUUUUUAUUCUGUCAAUCACCAUCCCCCUCUCUGCAUGGUUCAUGGACAAAAAGAAUGCAAAUCUUUACCUGGUGAGUUUUUUAAAUUUUCUUCCUUAUCUGCACCACUCACGUCCCAUCUGCUCAUUGAAAGCAGUGCGGGAUGGAGGGUCUCUAUGUGAAACCUAGGAGUCCCACUGCUAUCAAAGAGGGCUUUAUCGAGAGUAAUAGUUCUAUCCCGGUGAUAAUGCCUUCUGCUAAGUCUUUCAUAGCCUGUUGUGUUUCCAGGUGACUUUUACCUUGAAGCACUGCCUGCUGAGAACCGAAUUGCUUUUCACUUUUAAUGUGGAUUCACUGUAUUAGUAUACAGAGUGUACAAAACAUUAAGAACACCUUCCUAAUAUUGAUUGCACCCCGUUGCCCUCAGAACAGCCUCAAUUCGUCAGGGAUUCAUCAGUCUAUGUUAUGGAAAGAUCAGGUGUUCAUAAUGUUUUGUGCACUCAGCGUUAUAUAGGCUCACAAUGCUUUCUUCCUCCCCUUCUCUCACCUGAUAGCGUUCUAAGAACCCGUACACAGCUCUUUCUAAGAGAGGCUUGUCAAUAAAAGGCUUGAAAUUCAAUUACUGUAAUUUUAAAUACGUUAAUGUUCAUCGUUUUGUUGUUGUUUAUGUGGAGUCUUACUGUGCUGUAUAACAUUUUUCACAUCUUGUUUUCCAGUUGAAACUGCAAGAUUCUCAUCCGAAGGUGGGAAAGUGACUAAAAAGCACUAUAGAAACGUUUGAUUGAUUACACGUUAAUACCCAUAGUAACAGCAUGUCAUUGAGAGAUACUAACGUGAGGUCACUUCCUGUUUUCCGACCUAUCAGGCAGAAAGUUGCCGGGUCACUCCAGGCUUCUGGUCAGUGAUUGGUCAGAAGAGGAUGUGGGGGCGUGGCUGUGCGACGAGGGGCUGGAGGCGCUGGUGGAAACCUUCAAGGCAAACAACAUAGAUGGAGCUGAGCUAAUCAGUAUGACCAAGGAGACACUGGCCUCAGAACUCAACAUAGGUGGGGAUGGAACAUCACACCAUAGACUAUACACAUUAUCAUAAUAACAUGCAUUAUCAUACAGCUAAUAUACCAAUGGUACAUUAUCAUGUUAUACACAUUACCCACUUGUAAUGUGUACAGUAGCUGGAAACAGCGCGUCAUCACAUAAUAUUUUUUAAGUAGGGGGAGGGGCAAAUGAAAAACAAGGUAAACAUUGAGGAAUGAAUGUUAAUGAGAUUUUCUCAGGAUUACAUACGCUUUAACUGUACAGCAUUAGAUUAGGCCAUGUGUAAUCUGCUUUAAGAUUUCUGCUCCAUUACAUAACACAAUCACUCAUCCCAAAAUACAUAUCCUGUAACAUAGAAAAUGGUUUACAGCUAAUACCAUUUCUGUCCGAAACAAUUUCAAAAUCCAUCUGAAAAUGUGAUUUACAGAUUUUGGUUGAUCCGUAUAUCUUCUCUUUUAAAUAAAGAUCAUUCACCAUAGUAAGGAAAGUUAGUUUUUCCAACUCUUUCUCUGUGAGGUGGUAGGUGUGGGUCUGUUGAUGGUCUCUCAUGCCAAUGGCAACCAUGGUAACCAAACAGCCCUGUUCUCUAAAAGAGAUUAAUCUCUUAGUAAACAUGGGUGCAUCUCUCCUCUCUUCUCUCUGAGAGUGAGGGAUGGCGCCAUGCCAGGUUGUUAUCUUCCUGAUGGAGAGACUCUUUUUUUCCUCUCAGGGAUGGAGAGGGCUCUUUUUUUGUGUGUGUGUGUCUAACACACACACGGACUGACCUCACUUUACUGUAGUCUCCAUGGUGACCAGGAACUGGGUCAUGUAGGCAGUGUGCUCAAGCCAGGAUAUCACGUCCACAAAUGAUGCAAGCCCCAUUGGCCAAUAUACAAUUUCCUCAUAUCUCUGCCUGGUUGUUUCCUGUUGGUGUACUGUAGAGUCGGUGGGGCUGCGCAGUAAGGUCCUGAGGAAGGUGGAGGAGCUGAAGGCGGGGUGUGUGUGUACCGGUGUUCCUGAUGAGUUCCUCUGUCCAAUCACCAGAGAGCUGAUGAAGGACCCUGUUAUCGCUGCAGGUGGGACAUGCCCCCAUGGCAACCUGUCUGGUUGUGCCUUUAGCUAUCAAGAUUCUAUCAGUGCUACAAUUUUUUUUGCAAUACAGUGGCAUGCUUUGAAAGGAUGCAAAAAACCACUACCAAUCUUGUCUGUCUUUUCUUCUGAACAGAUGGGUACUCCUAUGAGAGGGAAGCGAUUGAGAGCUGGAUCGCAACCAAGAAUCGUUCCAGCCCCAUGACCAACCUGCCCUUACAGACAACACUUCUGACCCCAAACCGAACCCUGAAGAUGGCUAUUGGACGCUGGAGGACCAGCCAGUGAGAAAGAGGGGUCCAGGGGCGUCUUCUACAUCCCUUUCAAUCCAAAGACUGUCUAUCCCUCAGUUAACUUCUGACCAAAAGUAGGCUGAUAGUACAUUCAGCUAUAUAUGAUGAUGUUUUCAGGUAGACCAUACUGAGCUUCUAUUCAACCCCUCACUGGGUCUGCACUUUCUCUCUUGGGAUGAAACUACUUUAGAAUGUAAAUAUUUAUAGCUGAUGAGAUAUUCUAAUAUAUAUAUAU